UCUAUAAAAGCUAGUGCGCUCGGCAAAAACUUUACAUCUGCUCUGAAAGAACGAGUCAGUAUUAUUUCGCCGAUCGCAGACAACUGGCGCCCUGCUUAAGCAUGAAGCUUCUUUGCCUCGCUGUGUUUGCCGGCGUAGCAUGCCUUGCCUUCGCCGAAGAAGCCAAGAAAGACGAGAAGGCUGCCGGCAAGGAUGAGAAAGUAGAAGGCCGUGGAGGCCUGCUCGGAGGCUAUGGUGGCCCUGGCGUGUACGGCGGAGGUUUCGGACCCGGAGUCGGAGGUGUCCCCAUCGGAGGAGUCGGAGGCGUUGGUCCUAUUGGUGGUGGCGGCUACGGGGGCGGUCUUGGUGGUGGCUACGGUGGCGGUCUCGGUGGUGGCUACGGUGGCGGUGGCUAUGGCGGUGGCUAUGGGGCCGGAUACGGCCAAAGUGCCGGAGGCUUCCAGGGUGGCUACAAGCAAGGAGCUGGAGGAUACAACCAGGGCUCGGCAGGCUUCGCUGGAGGUGACCAAUUCAAGAACGUUCAGGGCUACAACAACCAGCAAGGGUACAGCUCCAGCACAGGCUUCUCUAAGACUGACUCGAACCGCUAUGGAACCGGUUACGGUCAGCACUCGGGUGGAUUCGCUGGUGGCUCCGCUGGUCACAAGUCCGGCUUCGGAAGCCAGAGCCACGGCCAACACUUUGGUGGCGGAGUCGGAUAUUAGAAGGUCUGAAGCAUCACGUCUAGUCGUCUUUUAAUCUUACCUGCUAUCAUGUUCUACUCUCACUAUCGCCCACAUCUCCACCGAAGGCAGAAGAAAACCAUAAUGGCUGAUGAAAAACGUUCAGCUCAACUUACCAAAAAUGAAAAUGCAAUGCCACAGAACUUAAAAUGGUUCUUUUUAAAAAGAAAAUAUAUUUUUUUCAAUAAAAUAUACAUUUGCAAUAUA